AAAAAUAAAAGGUGAAGGUCGUUGAAGAAAAAAGGCGAUUGGGAUGAGCUAAGCCAAUAUAGUUAUAAUACGGUUAUAGAAAAGUUCAGAAGAAUGUCAAACUCAUUCAAUCAAGGUUUAAUUGGUCCACAGAUCCCUCCUGGAAGAAUGGACCCCAUGCACAACAAUGCACCACUACAGUUUAACACAAACAAAGGGAAGCCCCCCAUGGCACUGGAGGGAGAUCCAGACCAAGUGAGUAGUACAGGGGGUGGAGACAUGAUGGGUCAGGGAUUCUUUGGCAGUGGAAAUGCAGGGGGAGGAGGCCUCAUGGGGAGCAUGAUGCAGGGUCCCAUGAUGGGGACUGACCCAAGCAUGAUGAUGAUGUUUAACCAGUAUGGUGGUUGGGGACCAAUGGGUCCUAACAAUCAGGACAUGUUGAUGCAGUUCAUGCCUAAAGAAAUAAUCACCCUGAAAACCUGUGUGUUAUACCCACCUCCACCAAAUGCCCCUCCCCCCACCACUAGAGAGAGACCCCCGGGAUGUAGAACAGCCUUUGUGGGAGGAUUACCAGAGAAUGUAACAGAGGAAAUCAUUGGGGAGGCCUUUGCAAACUUUGGAAUGAUUGUCAGUAUCAGGAAGGGGAAGAAAAAUUUCUGCCACAUUCGAUAUGAACUUGAGGAAAGCGUGGACAGAUCUUUAUUUCUAUCAGGUUACAGAAUGAAGAUAGAGGACAAAGAUGAUAAACCAAACACAGGGCGGCUCCAUGUGGACUAUGCCCAGGCCCGAGACGAUCAGUACGAGUAUGAGUGUAAGCAGAGGAUGCUGGCCAGGGAGAUGAGGCAUCGGCAGAGACUGGAGGAGGACCGUCUCCACCCCCCAAGUCCUCCCCCCAUUGUCCACUACAGUGACCACGAGGCCUAUGUACUCAUGGAGCAACUAAAAUCUGAUGACGAGUUUAUGAAAGCCUCACAGAUUCUUAUGACAUGGUUGGAAAGGGGGGAUCUAACAAAACGAAAUGUCACUAAUUUCUACAGCAUGAUUCAAUGCACAAACUCCCAGGUUCGACGAUUGCUGUCGGAAAAACAAAACCAAGAGGAGGCUCUGCAAAAAAUGAAAGAAAAUUUCCGAAAUAUUUUUGAAGGAAUUCUACACCAAUUCGAUCAGAUUGAGAAAGUCUUUAGCAGCUCACGCAAACAGCGCAACUGGGAUCAUUUUAGUAAGGCUCAACGCAAGAACUUAGAGCUCUGGUUCAAGCAGGCUCAGGAGAUCAAGCAGAACCAACUAGAGGAGUUCCUCAGCACGCGGAUGGAUGACGACAUGGAAAUGUCAGACGAGGAGCCAUCAGAACCGAAAAAGAAAAAGCCAGAUGAACCGUUUAAUCCUCAACAGCUGCAGGAAUUCUUGGCAAGAGGCACAAUGAGGGAAGAAAACGAUUCCCUGAAAUGUCAGAUUGAGGCUUACAAGAAUGAGCUGGAGAUGAUGAAGGCAGAAAAAGUCAAUGGUUUAUCAGAGAAAGACAGUCAACUGAAAAUCCUACAGCAAGCCAUGCAGGGCAUGCAACAGCAACUGAUUCAAGCCAAAAUGGAGUGUAAGCAGUUUGAGAAUGAGUUGAAAGCAGUAAAGCAGUCUCAACUUGAAGAGAAGAAGGCAGAGAAAUCUAGUGAAGGCUCAGAGGAUAAGGAAGAAGGAACAACAUCAGAAGAAAAACAGAGUUCUAGUAAAGAAACGUCUGUGUCCACAGUCAGCAGUACAGGACUAACUCUGACAGAGAAAGAGACAAAACUCAUAGGUUUAGUAUCCUGUUUCCUACAUGUCCACCCUAAUGGAGCCAGUGUGGACUACAUUUGGUCCUAUCUAUCCCAGCUGAAUGUCAGCACUCGAACCAGUGAACUAGAGGAACUCUUAUUGCGUCUCCCCAUGUUGUUUAAACUGAACAUGAGUGGUGUGGGAGCAGGGAUAGAGAAGAAAUGGCAGUUUGUUGCCUAUUCCAACACAGCAUUCAUCCCAUUUAGCUUUAAUAGCUAACACUAAUGGAUCUUGUGACUAGCUGAGAUAUUUUAAUACCAAUGUCAAGCUUUAUAGCUAAUUUGUUUUAGCUUCUUGCCAGUGCAUUCAACAUUGAUCCAUCAUUCUGUCUACAUUUUGUUUCAUUAGCUGUUCAUUGCAUUGUUUUUGAGGCUAUUUUGUUUUUGUUAUCAGUACUUCAAUUCACUUUUGUCGAUAUUGAAAUAAAAAACAUUUUAUUGCGA